GACUGAUGGUGGUGCUGCGUCCCUUGGUGGUGGGAUGGAGGAGAGACAGCAGUGAGGAGGAGGAGGAGGAAGAGGUGGAGUCUGGCCCAGCUCCCCUCUGUGACACCCUGGGCCAAACCUCUCACUCACUGUCCGCCUGUUCACCGACUAGCACACACACACACACACACACACACACACACACACACACACCCAUAGGGCCGGGACACGGAAUGGAUACGGAAGGGAGCCAGAGCAGCUUGUCCACUACGGACUCCCCUCACGACCCCUGCAAAAUGUUCAUAGGUGGACUCAGCUGGCAAACCACGCAAGAGGGUCUGAAAGAUUACUUCUGCAAGUACGGCGAGGUGAAGGAGUGUAUGGUGAUGCGAGAUCCGGUUACUAAGCGCUCGAGAGGCUUCGGAUUUGUCACCUUCGUGGACCAGGCAGGCGUGGAUAAAGUUUUGGCCCAAACCCGGCAUGAGUUGGACUCCAAAACAAUUGAUCCCAAGGUGGCGUUCCCUCGCAGGGCUCAACCCAAGUUGGUGACUCGCACCAAGAAGAUCUUCGUGGGAGGUCUGUCAGUCAACACCACCAUCGAAGAUGUCAAGCAAUACUUCGACCAGUUUGGAAAGGUAGACGACGCCAUGCUCAUGUUCGACAAGACCACCAACAGACAUCGAGGGUUCGGCUUUGUGACCUUCGAGAACGAGGAUGUGGUGGAGAAGGUCUGCGAGAUCCAUUUCCACGAGAUCAACAACAAAAUGGUGGAAUGCAAGAAAGCCCAACCCAAGGAGGUGAUGUCCCCCACCGGCUCAGCCAGGGGGCGCUCUCGGGUGAUGCCCUAUGGAAUGGAUGCGUUCAUGCUGGGGAUCGGUAUGCUGGGUUAUCCCAGCUUCCAGACUGCCACCUACACCAGUCGGAGCUACGCGGGCAUCACCCCCGGAUAUACCUACCAGUUUCCUGAGUUCCACUUAGAGAGGACCCCCCUUCUGACUUCACCUCACCCCCCUGAGCUCACAGCCAUUCCCCUCACAGCGUACGGCCCAAUGGCGGCAGCAGCAGCCGCAGCAGCCGUGGUCAGAGGCUCCACACCAGGUCGCACAGCUGGCUUCUUGGGAACCAGCAGCCCAGGUCCCAUGGCAGACCUUUAUGGAACAGCUGCCCAGGAGUCAGCGGUCAGCAGUUACCUGAGUGCUGCAAGUCCUGCACCCAGCGCUGGAUUCAGUCACGGUCUCGGGGGCCCGCUGAUCGCCACCGCCUUCACUAACGGCUACCACUGAGAACUGCAGAUGUGUUGAAGUGUGAUGCAGAUGUGUUGAAGUGUGAUGCGGAGCUGCAGGGAGUUGAAGCUGUUUUGCAGCUGAUCUAGUCUGUCUCUGUCCACCUGCUACUCAACUUGUUACACACACACACACACACACACACACACACACACACACACACACACACACACACACACACACACACACACACACACACACAUGCACACACACACACACACACACACACACUGACAUCAACUUCACCUCAGUAAAAUCUCACUUUAAAAAAAAAGGCAUAUUUUUUUGUGUAAAAGCCAUCAAAAAGAAGAAAACACACACACACACACACACACACACACACACACACACACAUGCACACACACACACACACACACACACUGACAUCAACCUCACCUCAGUAAAAUCUCCCUUUAAAAAUGGCAUAUUUUUUUGUGUAAAAGCCAUCAAAAAGAAGAAAACACACACACACACACACACACACACACACACACACACACACACACACACACACACACACACACACACACACACACACACAGACAUCAACCUCACCUUGGUAAAAUCUCCCUUUAAAAAAAAUGGCAUAUUUUUUUUUGUAAAAGCCAUCAAAAAGAAAAACACACACACACACACACACACACACACACACACACACACACACACACACACACACACAUACACACACACACACACACACA